AUGUCGGUGAACCCUGAACGUUUCAUCUGGAGCAUCUUUGCUUACCUGAACUACCAUGUUCCCCGGACAAGGCGGGAGAUCCUGGAGACCCUUAUCAAAGGGCUCCAGCGGCUGGAGUACAGAGGCUAUGAUUCUGCAGGUGUGGGGAUUGAUGGCGGAAACGACAAAGACUGGGAAGCUAAUGCUUGCAAAAUCCAGCUUAUCAAACAGAAGGGGAAAGUGAAGGCUCUGGACGAAGAGGUUCACAAGCAACAGGACAUGGACCUCGACAUCGAGUUUGAUGUUCACCUUGGAAUCGCCCAUACCCGCUGGGCUACCCACGGUGAGCCCAGCCCCAUCAACAGCCACCCGCAACGCUCGGAUAAAAACAAUGAGUUCAUCGUCAUCCACAACGGCAUCAUCACCAACUACAAAGACCUGCGGAAAUUCCUGGAGAGCAAAGGCUACGACUUCGAGUCAGAGACGGACACAGAGAGCAUCGCCAAACUGGUCAAGUACAUGUACGACAACCGCGACAGUGACGACAUCAGCUUCACCACCCUGGUGGAGAGGGUCAUCCAGCAGCUGGAAGGUGCUUUCGCCCUUGUCUUCAAAAGUGUUCAUUAUCCUGGUCAAGCAGUCGGUACCAGGCGAGGCAGCCCCCUGCUAAUCGGAGUGCGCAGUGAACACAAGCUUUCCACCGACCACAUCCCCAUACUCUACCGGACAGCUGUACAAUCUAUGGAUCAUUCUUUUGAUGGAAUAUCCAUAAAAAUGGAGGAAGGUAAAGACAAGAAGGGAAGUUGCAACCUGUCUCGUGUUGACAGCACCACCUGCCUUUUCCCUGUUGAGGAGAAAGCUGUGGAGUACUAUUUUGCUUCUGAUGCUAGUGCUGUCAUUGAGCAUACCAACAGAGUGAUUUUCCUUGAAGAUGAUGAUGUAGCAGCUGUGGUCGAUGGCCGUCUUUCCAUCCACCGGAUUAAACGCACAGCGGGCGAUCACCCUGGACGUGCCGUCCAAACCCUGCAGAUGGAACUUCAGCAAAUUAUGAAGGGUAACUUCAGCUCAUUUAUGCAGAAGGAAAUAUUUGAACAGCCAGAAUCUGUCGUUAAUACAAUGAGAGGAAGGGUCAACUUUGAUGACUACACUGUCAAUCUCGGUGGGUUGAAGGAUCACAUCAAGGAGAUUCAGAGGUGUCGUCGUUUAAUCCUUAUUGCUUGUGGGACAAGUUAUCACGCUGGAGUUGCGACCCGUCAGGUUCUGGAAGAACUGACUGAAUUACCUGUUAUGGUUGAACUAGCCAGUGACUUCUUGGACAGAAACACCCCUGUCUUCAGAGAUGAUGUUUGCUUUUUCAUCAGCCAGUCAGGCGAGACAGCAGAUACCUUGAUGGGUCUGCGGUACUGCAAAGAGAGAGGAGCCUUAACCGUAGGAAUAACUAACACAGUUGGCAGCUCCAUAUCACGAGAGACAGAUUGUGGAGUCCAUAUCAAUGCAGGACCAGAGAUUGGGGUUGCCAGUACCAAG